AGCGCGUAUAGUGGAGAUUGGAGAAGAACAAUAUAUUAGCUGGAGGACCUUAUAAAUUGUGGGGAGCUUCUAUUUUAUUCAUCACGACCGAAAAUAGAAGACAGCUCCAAGGAGGACGAGAUCUCUGCUUCCUCAUUUCUCUCCUCUUUCUCUCAGCAAAAUUCAAAGAUGGGGCUGUCUUUUGGAAAGCUUUUCAGUCGGCUUUUUGCCAAGAAAGAGAUGCGUAUACUGAUGGUGGGUCUUGAUGCUGCUGGUAAAACAACCAUUUUGUACAAACUCAAACUGGGAGAGAUUGUCACCACCAUCCCUACCAUUGGUUUCAAUGUGGAGACCGUGGAAUAUAAGAACAUUAGCUUUACAGUUUGGGAUGUCGGGGGUCAGGAUAAGAUUCGUCCUUUGUGGAGACACUACUUCCAAAACACCCAGGGACUCAUCUUUGUUGUUGAUAGCAAUGACAGAGAUCGUGUAGUUGAAGCUAGGGAUGAGCUUCACAGGAUGUUGAAUGAGGAUGAAUUGAGGGAUGCUGUUCUGCUAGUGUUUGCUAACAAGCAAGAUCUUCCAAACGCUAUGAAUGCAGCAGAGAUAACUGACAAGCUUGGCCUCCACUCUCUCCGCCAGCGUCACUGGUACAUCCAGAGCACUUGUGCAACUUCUGGUGAAGGUCUGUAUGAAGGGCUAGAUUGGCUGUCAAACAACAUAGCAAAUAAGGCAUAGAGGCUAAGCAUCUUUGGACUCUGGAUUAUGGAAUAGUGAAACUGUGUCAGAGUAGGCUUUGUCAAUUACUUGUAAACGGUUCAUUUGUUAUCUUUCUUUUGUCCCAACAUUUUAUUUCUCAAGGAUUCCUUACUGUGUGUUCUGCAGCGUCAAAAUAAAUUUUGAAUUUAAUUA